AAAUAGAGCGCUUUUCCAUAAUUUACAGAAACAAAUCGUCUUCUUUGCUACGACAAGAGGAAUCUACUUGUUACUCUAUUCUUCUCCCUCUCCGGAUUGCUUCCGACGCAAGUUUAAUCGAAACCCUCUCCUCUUAUCUUUCCUCGUUCCUGUUCUUACAUGCCGUCGAAGAUUGUUGUCAGGAAAAGGAAGUCAAGAGACGGUGCCACCAGUGUAGCUGAGACUCUAAACAAAUGGAGAGAGGACAAUGAGAUAACCGAGGCUGCUUCUCGCAACGACGAUGGUUGUCUCAAACCGAAACCGAUCCGAAAGGCUCCUCCGAAGGGUUCUAGAAAAGGUUGUAUGAAAGGCAAGGGAGGACCUGAGAACGGGAUUUGGAACUACAGAGGAGUUAGACAGAGGACUUGGGGGAAAUGGGUUGCUGAGAUCCGUCAGCCAUGUCGUGGUGCUAGGUUGUGGCUAGGUACUUUCCCUAGCUCUUAUGAAGCUGCGUUGGCUUAUGACGAGGCUGCUAAAGCUAUGUAUGGUGAGGCAGCUAGACUCAAUCUUCCUGACAUCUCGAAUGUCUCUUCUUUGACUACUGCCGCUGGCUCGGUUACUACAUUGUCAAAUGAAUCUGAAGUUUGUGCACUUGAGGAUACAAAUGUGAAAGAAGAGGAUGGUGGCGAUGAAUAUGGUUUCGUGAAAAGCUCUCAGUGUGUUAAAGAGGAGAUGGGUGUACCUGACUCAGCUGAUACUUUUGGAUAUGGCAAUGAACAUGAAGCAUGGGACUUUGGUGUGGACGAGAUGUUUGAUGUGGAUGAGGUGAUGGGUUUGUUGGACGAGAUCAAUGUGUCUGGUCAAGAGACAACGCAGAGUCAAGAUGCUAGCUUGCUAGGGAGCCUCAACCACAUGGAGACUGCUCAUCCUGGGGUUGAUUGUGGAUAUCCAAUAGUGCAGCCAAGUGAAAGAAACAACAGUUGUGUGGAUUUAGACCGUUACUGAUACUUACUGAUGUUAAUGGUUUGAGGCAUACUAAAUCUACUUUAGUUAAAUGUAGGACAAGUUCGGUUAUGAACUUAUGAUUCCUUCCUUCUUUUCUGUGAAUACAUGCAAAGUUUCAGUCUUUGGAUACACAUGAAAGUUUCAAAGUUUUA